AUGAAUUUUUAAAAUGAAAAUGAAUCAACACAUGAUAGAAUUUCUCAAAAUCAAGACUUCUUAAUAAAUUAUAUUAAUCCCAUAUAAUGUGGUUUAGAAGAAGAAAAAACUGAAUUAGUAAAUUCUGAAGAUGAAAAUUCACAAAUUGAAUAAAUCAUAUCAAAUUAACCAAAUGGAAUAAAUGGUUUUCAUAAAGUAGUAUAAAAUCCAUAGUUUACUACUGAAGAAUUAAUUAAAUAAGCAAAUUAAUUUAAUAUUCUUUGGAAAGAAUUUAACUAAUAAUUUAUAAGCAGUGAUUGUAAUGAAUACUAUAUUUUAUCAAACUAAUGGUUAGAUUAAUGGAAAUUAAAUGUAAGUUACGAUGAUGUAAUUCUAGGAAAAGAAAUAAAUACAAAAUAUUUUGGAAAAUAAUAAUUUGAAAUAGCCAAUAUAGAAUUAAUUUAAGAAGAAUGCAAUAAAAAAAAUGAGUUAUAUUAUCCUGUAAAAUCAGAAGAAUAAUACGAAUAUUAUGUACUAAAACCUAAUUUAGUAGAAAAUUAAGAUUUUAUUUUUGUAAAUAAGAAAAUAAUUGAUUUUUUCAUAUCUUUAAAAUAUUCUAUCAAGAAAAUAAAAAGAUAAGCUUACCAUUUAUAAAAUGGAAAAAAAUUAAUCUAAAUUUAUUAUAAAUAACAUCCUUUAUUGAUACUUAAUCAUUAAUUAUUAAAAGAUAUUGAUUAGAAAUCUUUAGAUUCUUUUAGCAAUAUUAAAAAAGUCUAAAUAUUUAGCGGUUACAAUAUAUUAUAAUUAAAAGAAUACCUAUGUUUUUUCGUCAAUUAAUACUAACAUAAUAAUUCUUAAUUUUCAAUAAUAUAGGCUAAUACUCCUGAAAACAUAAGACUAUGGUAAUUAGGAUUAGAUUAAAAUUUAUAAUAACUAUUUCAACAUAUACUUACAAGCGUAAAUCGAACAAAUAAUUAUGAUUACAAAUUUAAUUCCACAUUAAUAAAUUUAGAAAAAAAAGAAGAUAUUAUAUUUGAGGAUUUGAAUUUUGAAGAAAAUAACUUAUUAAUAAUUGAAGUUCAAAAAGAUAGUAAUAUGGGAAUGAGGGAUUUUUUUUUCAAACUUGAAGGCGAAUCAGAUGAAUAAUAAUGUGAAUAUUGUUAGUCUUAUAAAGUAUUGAAAGUCCUUUGUAAAUGCAAAACAGUAAGCUAUUGUUCCGAAAAUUGCAAAUUGAAAGACAUUACUUAUCAUUCCAGAAAAUGUGAAUAUGCAGUUGAGGAUUCAGAAGAAGAUGAAAAUGAUCUUAGUCCAUAUUAAUUUAAAGAAUAGUCAGUAAAAGGACUUUGUGGAUUAAAUAAUUUAGGUAAUACUUGCUAUAUGAAUAGUGCUUUGCAAUGUUUGAGUAAUACAGAACCUUUGACUCAUUAUUUUUUGAAUAAAUAUUAUAAAAAAGAAAUUAAUAAAGAUAAUCCUUUAGGUACAAAAGGAAAAUUAAAAUUAUGGAUUGGUACUGAUAGAGUUUUUUAUCCUAGUGCUAUUAAAAAUGCAGUUAGUUAAGUUUAGAAUAUUUUUAGUGGUUAUUAAUAACAUGAUUCUUAAGAAUUCUUAUCGUUUGUUUUAGAUGGAUUACAUGAAGAUCUUAAUAGGGUAAAAAAUAAAUCUUAUACAGAAAAAAUAGAUUCAAAUGGGGAAGAAUUUGAUAAUAUUAUUUCUAAAAAAUCAUGGAUUAAUCAUUUAAAAAGAAAUUAAAGUUUAAUCGUAGAUUUAAUGUAAGGAUAAUUCAAAUCUAAAGUUAUUUGCCCAGAUUGUUCAAAAUAAUCGAUUACUUUUGAUCCUUUUCUUACUUGUACUUUGCCUAUUCCUCACUAAUAGAUUAAGGUAUUAGAUUUCUAUUACAUUCCAGUAAAUAAUAGGAUUAUUUGUACUUCUGAUUAAUUUAACUUUUACGAAAACUCAACUUAAAAAGUUUAAGAAUUAAAAAAUUAUUUCGCAAGAAAAUACAAAGUAAAUUAAAAUAGAUUACUUUUAUGUAUGAAUGAAAAUUAAUUAGCUGUAAUUAAAGAUGAAGAAUUUCUAAAAGAUGUAUAUAGAAAAAAUAAACAAUAAAGAAAUAAAGUAAUAUUGUUUGAACUUGAAUAAUCCUAAUAAAACUAAGAUGACAUUUUAAUGUUUAUAGAAAUAACUUAUUUUAAAAAAAAUAUUUCGUUCCCAUAUAAACAUAUUAAUAGAAAUCUUAAAAAACAAGUCUGUUUUCCUCGUCCUUUUUAUUUUUAGAAAGAUAUUUCAGCUAAUAAAAUACAUUUAAUAGUUUUCGAAUCUUUGAAAUAAUUAAUUUUAAGAAGUGAAGAUUUUAGUUAGAAUUAUUUAGAUGAUUUAAAAUUACUUUCUUCUUAAGAAUUUUAUUAUAAAUAUGUAUUAAACGAAGAAUAAAAUUAAAAAUUUUAUUAAUUAAAUAUAAAUAUUAAUAAACAUUUAAAUGAACAAAAUAUAUAAAAUUACUUAUAAGAAGAAGAUGAUGAAGAUGCAUAAAACUUCCCAUAUAAAAUAGAUGAAAAGUAAACUUUGUAAUAAUUAAUUGAAUAAGCAAACGAAAAAGAAUGCAAUAUAUCACUCGAAUGUUUUUUCCCAUUAGACUCUGAAAUAAAUUAUGAAGAAUUAAAUGCUUUAAGUAUCCCAGAAAAAGGCAUUAUUAACGAAGAAGUAUUAAUAGAACAAUAACUUUAAUAAAAAGAAAAUAUAAGCAUCUAUGAAUGUUUUAACUAAUUCUAAUAAUCUGAAAAACUUGAAGAAAAUAAUGAAUGGUAUUGCUCAGAUUGCAAAGCUCAUAAAAGAGCGACUAAACAAAUGACAAUUUAUAGAGUUCCAAACAUCCUUAUUAUCCAUUUAAAAAGGUUUAAAAUGACUGGUGGUAUUUGGAAUUAGAAACUUACAAAACUAGUAACGUUUCCUGUAGAAGGUCUCGACAUUACUGAUUAUGUGGUUAAAAAAGAGCUUCCUUCUUAUUAUUACGAAAACCACACAGAUUUAAAUGAUGAUGAGGAGAUUAAAAAUCUUUAUGUAAAGCCAGAUUUUUAGGAGAACUUGUUUUAAAAAGGCUAAAUUGAUAUCGAAGGAGAGGAUAAUAGUAGACUAUUGUUUGAUCUUUAUGCUGCUGUGAAUCACUUUGGAGGAUUAGGUGGAGGACAUUAUACGGCUUUUGCACUUAAUAAUGGAGAAUGGUAUUGCUUUGAUGAUUAGAGUGUUUAAAAAAUUGAUUAAAAAGAUGUUUGUAGUGAAUCUUCUUAUAUUUUAUUUUAUAAAAAAAGAUGA